UAUGCGCGCACCUCUGCCAAGCAGUCAGUCACGUUUCCAGUGUUAUUAGCCGUUCGACUCUCAUCGGACUUCAAUGACCGGCUUCGAUCUCCACCGAUCUCUUGGAAAUGGAUACACGGAAAAAGUAAUCCACAAUGAUCGACGUUAUCAAAUGAAACGAUGGUGAUUAUAAAUUACUUUAUAUUUUCAUGUUUAGCCGCAUGGUGCGCCGCACAGAGGCUAACCUAUGACCAACUGUUACCGUCUAGGGUCAAUGGUCGACCGACCAGGAUGGAGCCCGCCGUCUCUGAAGACAUAAAUACGACACCGAGUCCUACCGGAAUAAGAAGACAGCACACAUAUCCGUCGUCGCUGCCGUUCCCGUGCAAAAACAUGACAGCCCCCGGAUUAGGAAGGAGUUCGAUAAGGCCCACUAACGUUCACAUGCUCCGGCCCGGCGACAUAGACGUGGUUGGCGCCAUGGGAGAUAGUCUGGUUGCCGGCAACGGCGCGCUGGAAGAGUUCGCUAUGGGCACGUUGAUCGAAUACCGCGGGGUGUCUUGGGCGGCAGGCGGAGAAGCAACGUGGCGGAGCUAUCUGACCUUACCGAAUAUCCUAAAAGAAUUCAACCCCGGUCUCAAAGGCUACUCCGUGGGAAAGGGCGAGUGGUUAGCGCCCAAUUCUCACAUGAACGUCGCUUUCCCCGUGUCGGCCGAUUACGAGGCGUACAAACAAGCGCAGUUUUUGGUGAAAAAAAUGAAAAAAGACCCGACGGUCGAUUUCAAGAACGACUGGAAGCUGAUAACCAUGUUCUUCGGCGCCAACGACCUGUGUUCGGGACAGUGUUACGACAAGGACGGUACCACGCCGUUGCAACACAGCAAGAAACUGCAAAAAGCGUUGGAUUACCUCCAGGCCAAUCUUCCCAGGACCAUGGUCAAUCUCGUGCCGGUACUUGACGUUUCGGUAAGCGUUCGGGUGAAGAGAUCUUUCAUGUGCCAUAUGCUUCACGUGUUCUUCUGCGCUUGUUUCCACCAGAGGGGAAACGUCAACGAAAUGGACGAGAUCACGCAGCUGGUCAGAGACUACCAAGCGGCCGAACAGAUACUGAUUAACAGCGGCAGAUACAAUAAAAAAGAAGACUUCACCGUAGUAAUACAGCCUUUCAUUAAACUGUUCAACGCACCUUUGGACAAGAGUAAACAGUUCGAGGAAGUAAUCGACAUUUCCUACGUGACCUACGACUGUUUCCACUUCAGUCAAAAAGGACACGCUUUGGCCGCCAACCUGUUAUGGAACAACAUGAUGCAACCGGUAGGUGCCAAAUCGGAAUCGACGAUUGACUACAUCAUGCAAGACUUUAAAUGUCCCACGGUCGAGAACCCUUACAUAUACACGGCCAACAAUUCGUUUCCAUCGAAUCACGCCAACAAACUUUGAUUGGAACAAACACAAGUGGACUAGCUCGCUAAUCGCUGCUUUUGUUUAAUUGAUCGAUGUCGGUCAACACACUUAAUAUUAACAAUAAAUUAUUAGAGAUUUUA